UGUGUGUGUGUGUGUGUGUGUGCUCUGGAUGUGGGCGUGGUCUGGAUGUGUGGACAGGGCGAGGCUCAGGAUUUACGGACUCGAGUUUCUCCCAGCGUCUCUUGGAGUGUGCAGCUCUCUCAGGUGAACUCAGAUCUCCGAACAGCAGCAUGGACCUGUCAGAUGCUCUUGGUGAUUGGCCGGCUGGUGGAAACAACCAAUCAGGAGUGAGCGGUGCACCUGGUGCCUGGCCUGGACAACCUGCCAAUCCUGCCUGGCCAGGUGCAGGUCAGCCCUCUGCAAAUCCCACCUGGCCCGGAGGUCAACCUGCUGCCAACCCCACCUGGCCCGGAGGUCAACCUGCUGUCAACCCCACCUGGCCCGGAGGUCAACCUGCUGCCAACCCCACCUGGCCCGGAGGUCCAUCUGAAGGUGGAGGACCCUGGCCCUCCCCCUCCCCUCAACCCACCGUACCUGGAGGAUGGCCCAGUCCUUCACCUGGACCAAUACCUGGACCUGGACCUGCCAUCCCCGCUGCCCCCCAAAAGAGUCUGGCGGUUUCGUUCAACCAGAGUCUUCCAAGUGGAAUUUAUGACAAACUGCUCAUCACCAUCGCUGGAAUCAUCAAACCCAACGCUGACAAGAUCACAGUGGAUCUGUGCACAGACAGUGACGUGGCCUUCCACUUCAACCCUCGCUUCAAUGAGAGCGGCAGGAAGGUGAUCGUCAGGAACUCCUGCAUCGGCAAGAAGUGGGGGAAAGAGGAGAGAGACGGCCAGAACUUCCCCUUCGUCCAGGGGCAGCCAUUCGAGAUGAAGAUCCUGUGCACCAACACGGAGUUUAAGGUGGCCGUCAACAGCACUCACUUGCUGUCGUUCCAACACCGGAUCACCAACCUGAGAUCCAUCAACAGACUCAACAUCCACAACGACCUCAAGCUGUCCAAGGUCCACAUGGAGACUCUGUCCCACUGAGGCAGAUCACCGGAUCCACCACAGAUCUACUGGGGAUUCACUGGAGAUGCGGGGGGGGGGGGUCAUCUGUAGAUCUACAGGAGAUCAUCAGUUAAUCCACCAUAAGAGAUCAACCACCAACGAUCUCCUGGAGAUCCACCAGGGAUCUUCUGGGGAUCAUUAGUGGAUCCACUGUAGUCUCUCAGUUAAUCCACAGGAGAUCCCUUGUAGAUCUACCGGAGAUCCUCAUUAUAUCUAGAAUAGAUCUACGGAACAGUGUUGGUGGAUCCACAGUAGAUUCUCCGUAGAUCUGUGGGAGAUCUUCCAUAGAUCCUGUAGAUUUACAGGUGAUCACCAUAGAUCACAUCAUCAGUAAAUGACCGCAGAUGAUCGUCAGUGGAUCCACAGUAGAUCUUCAGUUAAUCCAACGUAUAUCUUGAAUAGAUCUGUAGAUGAUUCUUGUUCUUUUAUACAUCCACAGACGGUUCUCAGUGGAUCCACAGUAGAUCCUCUUGUACUAGUUUUCUUCUGUUUGACUCGUAUAAAUAAAGGGUUAAUCUUG